AUGACUGUUAAAGAAGCGGAACGGAGAGCAGCGGUGGCGCAGGAAAACCAUGCGAUUGCACGACAGCUGACGCGACCUUGGAAAGCUGGCGAUGUGUACGCCCCUCAUGAUCUGAGCAGUGCUGAAGCUCGCAAGUGGAGAGUCAAACAUCGACCUACGACCGACGCUUUUGACGCACUAUCUGUGAACCCCCUCAGCUUGUAUAAAAACUUCUCCGUUAUGUCUGAGUAUAUGACCGAGAUGGGCCGGAUCCGACAUUCGAACUCGACGGGACUGCGAGCGGUUAACCAAAGAAAGAUCGCAAAGGCCAUUCGAAGAGCGAUAGCAUUGGGACUGAUGCCAAGUAUCCACAAGCAUCCUGAAAUCAUCAAGGAAGAAAUGCAGGGCAGAAUGUUAAACACCGGACGGGUGAGGUGA